AAGAAAUUUAGUCGAUGAGGUUGUGAGGUGGUUAUGGAAUGUUACACACACUUAGCAGUCACAUUCCUAUAUGAUUAGGUUGGAAAAGAAUUUAGGUGGAGAGGCGAAAACAUGUCACCAGGUUAUGAAGCCUCUAACUUUUCGUUUGUCCCGCAUACGUGUGGAUUCUCUGGCUGGUGGACAUCGGCUGCCAAGAAUCAAAUAUCGGGAGCUGGUGGUGACACGACUGAAAAUCUCUUUGAACCCUUACGGUCUUCCAGAAUCAUUAAUUCCUCAUUAUCCUCUUUCCUGCACAUUUUCUUGAGUUUAAUUUUAAUUUCGUAUUUUCCAGUAUGUUUAUAUACUCAUUCUCUUUGUCAACAUCCCAUUUUUGUUUAGGUAUUUUACUGCUCUGCAUUUCUUUGUCACAGUUACCUAGUUUUUUAACGUUAUUGUUCUUCCUGUUUUGCUUCAAUGCAACACAUCUCAAACGAAUAUUUAUGUCCUCAAUUUCCAUAUUUUGUCGUAUUCAUUCAAAUUAUUAUUAUUAUUAUGGACUGUUUGUAGUUCGACAUUCAGUUGUUUAUUUUGUUACUAGUGUGAAUCUUACUACACUUGUUUUGUUAACUAGGGAAAGUUGGGUAUCACCAGCUUUCACAAAAGGUGGACUCUUUACAAAGUGCAUGCAUGUGGAUAAUGGCCAAAUAACUGCUACUGCUAUAAUAACAGCAACAUUAUUUAGAUAAUAUUCAGUACAGUUACAAGAUUAUAUAACUUGUACUUAACUGAUUAGUACGGGCUGGUUAACUGUUGAAAAUUUCAGAAACUGUGGCUGAAUUUAGUUUUCACUUGUGUCGUAUAUGGCG